UUGUUUUCAUCUCCGAUGAAGAAAGUCAGAGAGGGAAGGAAGAGUGAUCGGGAAGACGGGAGGGAGAGACUGAUGGCUGAUGAUGGUGAAUUGUCACUAGAGAAAAAGGGAAAGAAAGUAUUUGAGUGCAACUGAAAUUUUUAAGAAAACUGGGGGCAGUUGUAUAUAGUUAGAAGAUAAAGUUUUCAACUUUAAACUUAAGAAAAAAAUUGAUUUUUAAUCUUGAAAAAUAUAAAUUUAAAAGACAGAAAUAAUUUUAAAAUAUAUGAGUUUAAAUAAAAAUUUUAUUUUUAAUAACAAUAAAUAAAUAAAUUUUUAAAAAUUUACAAACAUAGAUUUAGAUCCAUACUAUAGUUGAGGACAAGUGGACUUUGUUAUUUAUAUUUGAUAUUAAGUAAAUGUACUUCCUCUAUUAAUAAAUAAUAUUAAUGGUUGGAUGUUUUUUCCAAUAACUUCCCUAUUUUUCAUGUUCCUAAUUUUAAUUAUUAGAAGUAAAAUCAAUGUGAAAUUAUUGAAUAAAAGAAAAAUACUUUUAGAAGGAUUGUAAUUCCUUUUUUAAAACUAAGAACAAUAUUUUAUUGAAUUAACAAAAAUGGAAAAACAUGAAGAAGAAGAAGUCAGUCAGUACCGAGAGAGUUGUGCGGGCCGGUUCAAGCGAUCCACCCUGUUAUCACGUAACGCUUCUUCUCAGUCUUUGCCCACGACACAAGGCUCACAACUGAGAGACUUAUUUUUUCACUUUCAUCAACAACAAAAGAUUUUUCUUUUCCUGUCAUCUCUCUUACAAAGAUUUACAGCAGUAACAACCCUUCUUAUUUUCCCAUCCGCUUAUAUUUCUUCACUUUUUCAUGGCUUUUUCUUUUUUGGUUUGUGAGACUGGAUUGAAUUUCAUCUGGGUUUUCAGUACUUUUUAGAGCUGGUUUAUGUUUCUGCAUAAUGAAGAUAGAUUCACAUUUAGUUAUGGGGCUAUAUUGGCCUUCAUGGUAUUGAAUCAAUGAGGAUUGAUAAUCUUGUUUGAUUGUUCCAGCUCGGGCGGAUAAUUUAUGAUUUCAUAUUAGGAAUUCUUGUUAAUGUCUAUCAAUUCUAGGUUUUUCUUAGUUUUUCAUUGUUGAUCUUUUUGGAUUAGUAUGGCAGUGGCUGAGAAGAAUGCUUCUUUCAUUAUUUGUCGAAACUGUUUGUUUAAGUUGUUCCUAAUAUCAACCAUUUUUUUCUCAUUAUCUUGGUUCUUUCUUCUGCGUUCCACUGGAGACCAUUAUUUUGUUGAGGCUAGUUCAGUAACCAAUUCCAAGCCCCUUACUGUGAUAGACAAUAGGAGAAAUAAUUUACAGGAAGAAAAAGAGUUAAUUCGAAAGAAAUAUGAUGUCAAAUGCAGUAAAGAUAACGAUUUGUUGCUUAAGGUUUAUAUGUAUGAUUUGCCUCCCGAGUUUCAUUUCGGACUUUUGAAUUGGAAACCAGAAGGGAAUAGUGUUUGGCCUGAUGUUAGAACCCAAAUACCCUCAUAUCCUGGCGGGCUGAACUUGCAACAUAGUAUAGAAUAUUGGCUGACCUUAGAUCUUCUUGCUUCAGAGGUUUAUGAUAAGCGGGACGUUUGCAGUGUGAUAAGAGUGCACAACUCGAGCGAAGCUGAUGUUAUUUUUGUGCCAUUCUUUUCUUCAUUGAGCUACAACAGAUUUUCGAAAAGGCAUCUGAAUGAAAAGAAUAGCCUGAAUAAGGUGUUGCAAGAGAAGUUGGUGAAGUUUGUGACUAGUCAAGAGGAAUGGAAGAGAAGUGGUGGAAAAGAUCACAUAGUGGUGGCUCACCACCCUAAUAGCCUGUUAGAUGCUAGGACGAAGCUGUGGCCUGCAAUGUUCAUUCUUGCAGAUUUUGGGAGGUAUCCUCCCAAUAUAGCAAAUGUUGAAAAAGAUGUGAUUUCACCUUACAAACAUGUAAUCAAAUCAUAUGUCAAUGAUGCAUCGGAGUUUGAUAGCCGUCCAAUUCUGCUGUAUUUCCAGGGCGCCGUAUAUAGAAAAGAUGGAGGCUCUGUGAGGCAAGAAUUAUUUUAUCUUUUAAAAGAUGAAAAAGAUGUGCAUUUCACGUUUGGAAGUGUUCAAAAGAAUGGAAUCAGAGAAGCUUCGCAGGGAAUGCACUCUUCCAAAUUCUGCCUCAACAUUGCUGGUGACACCCCUUCAUCAAAUCGCCUCUUUGAUGCCAUUGCUAGCCAUUGUGUACCUGUAAUCAUCAGUGAUGACAUUGAACUCCCUUAUGAGGAUAUUCUUGACUACUCAGAGUUCUGUAUCUUUGUUCGCACAUCAGAUGCUGUCAAAGAAAAAUUUCUCAUAAACCUUAUGAGGAGCAUAAAAAAGGAAGAAUGGACACAAAUGCAUGAUAGAUUGAAAGAGAUUGAACAUUUAUUUGAGUUUCAAUACCCAUCAAAGGAAGGUGAUGCUGUCCAAAUGAUAUGGAAGGCUGUGGCCCGAAAGCUCCCUUCCAUUCGAAGGAGCAUACACAAGUCUUGGCGUUUCUCUCAAACUGUUACUCGUAGAGAGAAAGGAUUAAGAUCAAUACAAUUGCCUCAUGAUUUUUGGUGACGGGAAGUUUUGAUUCAUCAAGGCUCAGCAGUUUUUUACAUUUUGAAUGGAAGCACAGAAAUUAGUUUUUGCUACUUCAUGAAGGUGAGAUAUACUGCAUAAUUUUUUUAGAUUAAAACUGUAAUGCCUUUCUACAAAAGGUUGUUUCAUUUGUUUAGCUUCCAUAUAUGGCUAGAAAUAUAUAUUUUUGGAAGCUGGGAUUGUGACUAGAGAUAAUUAGAGAUCAUAUUUGUUUACUCAUUAUUUUAGUCAUUUUAUUUUUUAAGUAACAUCAUAAUAAUUAAUAUUU